AGACCUAUCGUUCAGUAGGGGCAGAGAUGCAGCAGGGCAGGGAGAAGAAAAUUCAGGAGAAUUCUCCUGAGGGCAAGAGUCGAGCUGGGCGAUGGAGUCAAUGUAGAACAUCAACAAACAGAUAACAGGAAAUUAUCCAUUCCCUGUGGUCACUUAUUCUAAAGACCCGAACCUUCAAAGUUCAAGGAGUGAAAUGGUUGACUCCACAGAACGGGAGCAGUCACGCCUUUCUUGUCUUAAGAGAAGAGAAGAAAUGAAACUGAAGGAGUGUGUCUUUAUCCUCCCCCAGAAAGAAAAUCCCUCUGUCCGAGUCUCCAAAGAUGGAACGCUGCUGGCCAUGACCUUACUGCUGGCCCUGGUGUCCUGCUGCCUCACGGUGGUGUCUUUCUGCAGGGUGGCCACCCUGCAAGAGGAGCUGGGGAGCCUCCGGGCAGAACUGCACGAGCACCAGGCUGAGCAGCUUCCAGGCCCUCCUCAGGGGGGAGCAGCAGCCCCCAGGGCAGCUGUGCAGGAAGCUCCAGCUGCCACCUCUGCACUGAAAGAGAUCUUUGCACCACCAGCUUCAGGAGAAAGCAACUCCAGUCAAAGUAUCAGGAAUAAGCGUGCCACUCUGGGUUCAGAAGAAACAGUCACUCAAGACUGCUUGCAACUGAUUGCAGACAGUGACACACCUACUAUACGAAAAGGAGCUUAUACAUUUGUUCCAUGGCUUCUCAGCUUUAAAAGAGGAAGAGCCCUAGAAGAAAAAGAAAAUAAAAUAUUGGUGAAAGAAACCGGUUACUUCUUUAUAUAUGGUCAGGUUUUAUACACCGAUAACACCUUUGCCAUGGGACACCUAAUACAGAGGAAAAAAGUCCAUGUCUUUGGGGACGAAUUGAGUCUGGUGACUUUGUUCCGAUGUAUUCAAAAUAUGCCUGAAACACUACCCAAUAAUUCCUGUUAUUCAGCUGGCAUUGCAAAGCUGGAAGAAGGAGAUGAACUCCAACUUGCAAUACCACGCGAAGAUGCUAAAAUAUCACGGGAUGGAGAUGGCACUUUUUUUGGUGCAUUGAAACUUCUGUGACCUCUUUAUACCUUGUAUGUGGCUAUUUUCCUCCUUUUCUAUGUACCUCUAAGGAGAAAACACUUAACUGGAAAUACCAAAAGGAAAAAAAAAAAGUAGUUACCAUAGCCUUUUCUGUGAGCUAUUUGUUUUGGUUUGCUGAAACUAGACCAAACAGGAAAUUUAACAGACAACCACAGCCAAAGGUUGUCAUGUGAAUUACAAGAAAUAGAGCCCAUUUAAGGAAAGAUAAAAAGACUUUUCACUAUAAUGCCAUAUUGAACAACUUAGUCAUAGCUUCUUGUCUUGGAGGAAGCACAGGAUUCAAAGGGGCAGUAAUCAUUUCUUCAAAAAUUGUAUUUUAUUAUUUACUAAAAACAAGUGCCUACAUCUUUAUGACAGUAAGACAUUUUUGGGAAAUCUCAGGAUUCACCCUCAAUUUUUAUGUUAACUGUGCCCCUCUUCUUUUUCAGUUAACUUAGUAGAAAGUAAAAAGAAAAAAAUAUAUAGAAAUCAUGCAUUCGCUAUGUGAAAAAGUAAUUAAAAGCUUAAAUUUAAACAUCAUAUUAAACAAUUGGACUCAAAAUAGGAUAUUGGUAUUAUUUAAGUUUUUUUAGCUUAUUUCGUUUGUAAUUUUUGUUUCUAACAUUUUAUAUUACCCAAUGGAACACCUGCAGGUAGUUUUCACAACAGAGAAGUCAGCCUCUCAUGUGUUUACACUUAUGUGUAUUUUUUAUAGCUAAUUUCAGUUACUUUAAAAACUUAAUGUAGGGUAAUUCCAAUUCAUGCAUAUAAGCAUUAAUUGAAAAAAUAACUAUAAUUGUUCUUAUGUAAAAAUAAAAUCUCCAGUAGUUCAUGAAUACAUUUACAAUAAUGUGAUAUAACUUCCCUUUAUUUUCUAUCCUUCUGUUUUAAACUGCUGCUAUUGUAGUUCACGUAUCCCAGCCUUUAAAAAAUACUCAUGUUAUUAGCUUUACAGAAAUUGAUGUUUAAUUAAAGUUCUUGGCAUCCUGAAGUAUGUUAUAUGCCUUGUGCUCUUCUAAAGAUUACCAUAUACCAGAAGACAUCGUUCUAACUUUCAUUUUGUAAAGAAUAUUUGAGAAUGCUGUAAUACUUAUCUUUUAUUGUAUCAAUUUCCCUUUUUUGCUUGUAUUUUUUAAAAUGUCAUCUGUUUAAUGAGUUUUCACUUCAUUAAACUUUUUAUUAGUUUAAACAGUAGCUGGAAGAAUAGACCCUGGUCAGCAUGAAUUUUCCUCAGUCUAUUAUAAAAUAUUUUAAAAGAUAUAGUUUUCAAAACAAAAGAAAUGAUUUGUAUUUUUUGUGUCUGAAAUUAAACCUUGUCUAAAACUGAUUUCUGUAAUUUUGGUGUUUUGGUUAAAAUAAAAUAUAUUUUGCAAUUUAUUUUGUUUUACAACAUUGUAAUUAAAAAGACACGAGAGGUGGAGUAAGAGUUUCAAUACUAGAAGGUUAGUAAUUUUUUUUAGUGUUGCUGCUAACUUGGCUUGCCAAAUAAAAAAUUUCAGAAA